GUUGGUCAGUUAGUGACAGUGACUGAUUUGUAUUUAGAAUUCGUAUCACUUCGGUGACAUAAAUUAGUUGUCUUGUUGUCUUGUCAAAUAGCGAUUGUUGUAAAUUGUGUAAUAAGUGUGGAAUUCCGUCGGGAAAAAUGUUUGUUGUGCGUAAAUAAAAUGCGAAAAACAUGGGCGCUAAGGAUUCAAAGCGGAGCUGCUUGAGUUACGAUGAUGCCGUUAAACGAAUGUCAGAUGUGGAAUACAAGAGAGUUUGCGCCGCCUUCAAGAGGCUCACCAACGGCGGGCAAUUGCUCAGCCGCCACGGUUUCACCCAGAACGUCCUCGGCGAUGGAGUACCGUUGACCAUAGCAGAGUGGCUGUUUACCGCCUGCGGUGGAGGCCCGAGGGGCAUAGCCCUCAGGGACCUCAUCUGCGGUCUGGUGUUGCUCACCAAAGGUACACAGGAGGAGAAAAUAAAGUUCCUCUGGACUCUGUACUGCGGCGAUUCGGUCACUCACAUAACCAGAAAUGAAUUCAAAAGCGCCUUGCAAACCGAGGACGCCCUUUCGCCAUCGGAUAAAUCUUCGAAAUUGCACACGUCGAGGGAUCGAACGGUCACCUCAUUGUUCGGCAACCAGGAUAAGGUCAACUUCGAGGAUUUCAGGGAGUGGAUACUGUUCGAGAAAGAGGCCACCGUCUUAUCCAAAUGGCUUUUAUCGAAUCCUUGCGUAUCGCUGAGUUCUGAAUUGGAGACUCCGACGUUCUAUCAAUCGUUAGCAGGAGUCACGCAUUUGGAGGAGCAGGACAUAUGCGAAUUGGAGAAGUGUUUCUGGGCCUUGCAGGCUUCUUCGGCUACAUCGAAUUUGGAUUUUAAUUGUUUGAAAACGCGCGUUUGUCCGCCGGUUCCGUUGAAGGCUUGCAGAGGGCUGUUUUUGGCUCUGGAUGUUAAUAGAGACGAUCAUGUGGAUUUUAAGGAGCUGUGUUGCGGUAUAUCGGCUGCUUGUAGAGGUCCGAUGGUCGAAAGAAUGAAAUUCUGUUUCAAAAUAUUCGACAUGGACCGAGACCUCUACCUGAACACCGAAGAGGUCCAGCACAUGACCCAAACCCUCAUACUAGUCGCCGACGAAAACAAACUGACAUAUCUCCAACAAUACUACCCCGAAUCGUCGCCGAAGAGCCAUUCGGGCGACGACCACAAACCAGAAACCUCCACCGGAGAGAAUCUGAAUCUACACCAGGAGAUUCUGGAGCGCCUCCAGUCCAAAUUGGACGACAAAGGCGGCCUGACGCAGGAGGAUUUCCUAGUGUGGAGCGUCGAAAACAACAGCCUGGUGGCCCCUUUACUCGAACUACUGUUCCAAGUCUGCCACGUGUCGCUCGGGCUCCGGCCCCACUGUCGCCACAACGAAUACGAAAUAGUGAUGGGAUGGUUGGAGCGCGAGCAGCGCCGCGGCUACCACAUCGGCCAAUUCUGGUACCUAAUAUCCUCCGAUUGGUGGCACCAAUGGUUGAACUACACCUCGGCCCCUCGCAAUAACUUGGACAUAUGCAAUUGUCGAAGCGACCACAGGCUGCCCAUCGAAGAAGGCAUCGCCUGCGACGAGAGCCUGAUCAGCAACACGACGGAUUACACGUCGAAUUCGAACGAUUACAAUUCGAACAGCAUGGAAUCGAUGGGGGAUUUGCUCAACAGAGGAGGCGAUAGGUGUAGCAUCUCGUCUAGUUCGGGAGUUUCGAGUAGUUCUGGAACCGGUACGAAGCGAAGCAUCGGUCAACCGGGUCCCAUCGAUAACUCGAGUUUGAUAGCGGAGCCGGUGUGUAAGGUGCAAACUUUAACGGGCGAAGGUGGUAGAUUGAAACGGGACAUGCCGUUGGUGCAACACCGAGACUUCGAACUGGUGCCCGAAUCCCUGUGGAAGGCGCUAUCGAUGUGGUACGGCGGGCUGUCGCCUCUACCUAGGCAAGUCAUCCAACCGCCCGGUCGUACCGAAGUCGAAUUGGAACUAUACCCGAUCAAUUUGAAGAUCCUGCGCCAUCAUUCGCAGCAGCGGAUCAGCACGGCGUCGUGGAGCAGCGUCGUCGGAGGUUACGGUACGGCCGCCUUGAGUACCGCCGGUCUCGCGUCGUCGGUGAACGCCGGCACGCGCAGGUACUUGGCGCACACGGCGGCCUUUUCGCGGCUCGCCACCGUCCAACAGGUGACCGAUUUCCUCUGCCAACGGUUGAACCUGCGGCCGGAGGACGCGCGAUUGUGGCUGUUGCGCGAACAUUCGGCCAGUCUCGUCGACGACGAGAACGCCUCGCUGGAGGAUCUGGGCGUGACGGAUUCGGACCAGGUGCUGCUCGAGGUGCGCAACAAGGACCUGACGUGGCCCGAGGAAUUGGGCCAGUUGGUGGCCGGCGGCGGGCACGAGUUGGGGCUCAGCGUCGAGAGGAGGCCCACCAUUUGUCUACCGCCUGGAGCUACGGGGUUGCACAAUCUGGGGAAUACUUGUUUUAUGAACGCCGCGCUGCAGGCGGUGUCCAAUACGAGGCCUUUGACGUUGUAUUUCCAAAGGGACAAUUCGCUCACCGAGUUGAAUCUGACGAAUCCGUCGGGUUCUAAAGGUCAGGUCGCCAAGAGGUACGCGGAGUUGUGCAGGGAAUUGUGGGCGGGUUCGACGAGGAGCGUGGCGCCUCUAAAAUUGAGGUAUCUCAUAUCGAAAUAUUCGCCGAACUUUCAAGAUGGCGGACAGCACGAUUCUCAAGAACUCUUGGCUUGGUUGUUGGACGCUUUGCACGAGGAUUUGAACAGGGUGGCGAUAAAACAGUACACCGAACUGAAAGAUAGCAACGGGAGGCCCGACGAAGUGGUAGCUGACGAGGCAUGGCAACAACAUUUGUCCCGAGAUCAUUCCAUCAUUACGGAUCUCUUCUACGGGCAACUUAAAAGCAAAGUAACCUGUCAAACUUGCGGUCACGAAUCGGUACGAUUCGAUAUCUUCAACGUGCUGAGUUUACCUUUACCGAUGGAAAGUUACAUACUCUGCGAGGUUUUGGUGGUGAAGUUGAACGGCGAAUGCCCAGUGAAGUUCGGCUUGCGGUUGCAAUCCGAAGCGAAAUACUUGGAAUUGAAGGAGCAAUUGUACAACAUCUGCGACAUCAAGCCGGAGAGAUUGCUGGUGACCGAGAUAGCGUCGAGCCAAAUAAGCAAUGUCCUAUCGGACGAGGCCAGGAUCAAUCCGGCUACAGCCAUGGAAUUGUACGCCUACGAGUUACCCGAAGCCACCCGAGCUGUACCGAAGGCCGAAAUCGAAACGGAACCGGAAGUGGAGUUGGAUAUAUGCGAUAGCCCGCUGGCGAGAAGUCCCGAGGUAAGCCAUGGUUCGGCCCUAUGCAUGCCCAACAUUCUAUGCUUCAAGAACAACAGAUAUAAGCAGGAUAACCUGGAACCUAGGAUAAGCAAUAUUUCAUAUAAAAAAUCUACCACAAUAACUGUACAGUCCAAUACAUCUACUGCCUCAGCUACCGAUUCGAACCGAAAGUGCCCUUCUUACCUCAUAGCGGUCAACAGGAAAUGCGUGCGACAGGAAACCUACUUCCUCUCGCAGCAGAAAAGCAAACCCAGCCUGUUCGGCCUGCCCAUUCUGUUGGACUUCGACGAGACCAGCUCCUGCCAGAGUUUGUACGAAGGCGUUUGGAACCAAGUCACCAGAUUGUUGAGCCCAUCGCCGCAGAGCGACCAGCCCAAUCACGCCACCGACUGCGAUGACUCUCUAGGCUACGAGUUUCCGUUUACUCUCAAAGCGGUUUUCCAAGGCGGUCAAAUCUGCGCUAUUUGCCAUUGGACGCAGUUCUGCAGAGGUUGCUCGUUUCCUCUAUCCGACGAGCUCGUUUUGGACAUUUGCGGGUCUAAUAUAAAUAAUGGUUUGUGCGUGGCUAUCGAUUGGGAUCCCACGGCGUUGCAUCUUCGAUACCAAACGAGCAGAGAAAAGAUGUGGUUGGAGCACGAAUCGGUGGCGACUUGUCGAAAAUUGCACGCGGAACCCAUCGAUUUGGAUUAUUGCUUGCGAGCGUUCACUUCGGAGGAGAAACUGGAGGAAAAGUACCAUUGCAGUAACUGCCGGAACCUUCAACCGGCCACUAAGAAGAUGCAAAUUUGGAGACUGCCCCCGAUACUCAUAAUCCAUUUAAAACGCUUCGUCUUCAACAAGAAAUGGGUGAAGACGCAGAAGGUCGUCAACUUUCCGUUCAAAAACUUCGAUCCCACUUCCUAUUUGGCUUCGGUUCCUCAAGAAACCAUCCUCAGACAUAAACAGAUAACCGAAAAGAAGUGUGGUGAGGUCGAGAGGUGCGCGGAACACCAACCGGAGCAAAUACUCGAAGAAAACGAAGACUCGAACGGGGAAAGGGAUUCGAAACACAAUGUAGAAGACUCGUGUAACGGCGAGUGCGUGAAAAACGCCAAUGCGUCGUUGGAAAGCUGCAAAUUGCUCAACGAAAGCGAUAAAGGAUCGCCGCUGAAAGGUAACAAAGUAGGAGAGAGAACGGCCAAGGUAAGGGCCAGACUGGAAUCGACUAGUUUACUGAAAACGCCCAUUAUCGACGAGAAUUUGAAAGAUUACCACAAUCACCGAUUGCUCCCCGGUCAAGAUCCCUUCGAUCUCAAGUACCAGCUAUACGCUGCAGUUUGCCAUUCCGGAAUGCUCAACGGCGGCCAUUACAUCUCCUACGCCUGCAACCCGAACGGUCACUGGUACUGCUACAACGACAGCUCCUGUCGCGAGGUACUCACCGAUCCGGAGAUCAACGCCAACAAAUCCCUGCUAUCUCUCGGCUCGAGAACCUCCCUCGGUACUCCUCUCUCGAAGCGAAAGAACGCCAGGAAACUGAGCGCCGGCAGCGCGGCUUCGGAGGACUCUGAGAAGAAACCCGAGUCGAUCGAAGGGCUCGACGUCGAUUCGCGAUCGAAUUCGGCCUGUUCGGUGGACAAAUUGGCGGGGCCCGACGAGAAGCCGCCGAAGGAGAAGGAGUCGCCGUUGGGCGGGCGGAGAUCGUUGGGGAAUUACGAUUGCCCGUACAGGGACGUGAAAGUGCCGAAGAUCGAUACCAGUACGGCGUACAUUUUGUUCUACGAACGAUCGGGGCUGGAUUAUCAACCGUAUUUACCGAAGGUGAUGCCGAACGGUAAGCAAGUGCCUAUUGAAGAUCCGGACGAAAGUGAUUCUGACUUGAGGAACAAAGUGUGCGCGAUUCAGUAACAAAUAGUCGAGUUGAAUUCAUUCGGAUCGAAUAAAAUGAAUCGAGUCGAUUCGUUUCGAUUAAUAGUUUUGUUCAGUUUACUGUCGAAUUUGUAAGUGAAAAGUAUUUACCUGAAAUUUGUUACUUUUAAAUCGGAAAUAUCAAUCGAUGCUGAUGUAAUGAAACUGAUUUGUUUGCUGGUUUGGUAGAGUUUUACAAAUGUAUUUAAUUUCGCGAUGAAACUAGGUAGCAAAAUUCUAAAAAUGUUACUUACGUUAUGGAUACUAUAAUAGAAAUAUCAGCGGUUAUUAAAACAUAUUUGGACUCUAUUUUUUUAUUGAAAAUUAUUAUAAAAUGUGUCGGUGAUUUGACGAAAAAAAUUCAUUUAUUUCGCCCAGUGUGUGUGCCCUGGAAAGCAAAAAUUUAGCGUAAUUUUCUACGAAAAAGAGAUGUAGAUAAUUAAAAAAAAAAACGAUUUUGCAAAACUCUACUUAUUUGUUACGUUUAUUAAGUUUAUUCGAAAUUGUUAGUUAUAUUUUUAUAAGUGCCAGAAGAACGGGGGUGUCAUUUUCAAUUAAGAAUUGUUUUUAGCUAAGGUUUUAGUAUUAAGCUAUCAUACGAAGAUCUAUUUUGUAUUCCCCCUUUUAUGUGUAAGAGAAACAAUUGUGAUUAAGUAAAGGAUGAAGCCUAUGCAUAUUUUUAAAAAAACACGUUUUAAAACACGCCUGUAGAAGAUACAUUUUUUUAAAUAUUUUUUAGUUUUCUGUAUCCCAUGCCAAAGAUAAUAUAAAUUUCUUUUUAUUCGAGUAUGCGGUGGAAUAGUGUGUGAUCUAAUCGGAAUAUUUAUGAUUUUUAUAAGUUGUGUACAUUUUCCUAGUCUGAUAUUUUGAUUCCAUUAUUUUUAAGGUAAACUUUAACUUGUUAAUUAUAUUUGACAUGUUUUAUUCCAUUUAUGUAUUUGUACGUUAUAUAUAUACAGUUAUGUAUGGUGCCAUUUCUAAAUAAAGCUUGUACAUUGUUA